GGGCGGGGCGCUCAGAGCUUCGGGGCGGUGCGAAGAUGGCGGCGAUGGCAGCGCCAGAGGUGGCUGAGUCCCCGAGCUCGUUGCUGCUGCUGGUGGUGGGCGGCGAUUGUGGCUGCCCCGGGUUGCUGGCCUAUGUCCUGGAGGAGCUGGAACGAGGUGUCUGCUCCUGGGACGUGGACCCCACUGUCUGCAACCUGGAUGAGCAGCUCAAGGCCUUUGUGUCCCGACACUCUGCCACCUUCUCCAGCAUUGUGAAGGGCCAGCGGAGCCUGCACCACCGUGGAGAGACCCUAGAGACGCUGGUUCUGCUGAACCCCUCGGACAAGUCCCUGUGUGAUGAGCUCCGGAACCUCCUACUGGACCCUGCCCCUCACAAACUGCUGGUCCUGGCCGGUCCGUGCCUGGAGGAGACUGGGGAGCUGCUGCUGCAGACUGGAGGCUUCUCACCACACCACUUCCUGCAGGUGCUGGGGGACAAAGAGAUCCAGGAUGCACUGGCCGCAGUGCCCACUGCCGGGCCUAUCCUCACGGUGUCCUGCCCAACCUUCGGGGACUGGACGAAGCUGGGCCCGGGUGUAUCCAGGCCGAGGCUGCUGCUGAAUCCACCCUCCCGCCUCCCGGCCUCAGAGGGCCUUCGAGAAUUCCUGGAGUACGUGGCUGAGUCCCUGGAGCCACCAUCACCCUUUGAGCUGCUGGAGCCUCCGUCAGCAGGUGGCUUUCUGCGACUGGCCCGGCCCUGCUGCUACGUGUUCCCGGGUGGUCUGGGUGAUGCUGCCUUCUUCGCUGUGAAUGGUUUCACAGUGCUGGUGAAUGGCGGCUCCAACCCCAAGUCAAGCUUCUGGAAGCUGGUGCGCCACCUAGACCGAGUGGACGCAGUGCUGGUGACCCAUGCAGGGGCUGAUAGCCUGCCGGGUCUGAACAGCCUGCUACGGCGCAAGCUGGCAGAGCGCGAGGCCACCGAACCCCAACAGGAGCCCCGGGAAGAGCGGCUUCGCCGGCUGCUGUCGCCUGCGCUUGGCGUCGUGUUUCUGAAUGCACACGAGGCUACCUCGAGACUGCGUGGUGGGGAGGAUGAGGCGGUGUGUGCCCGGGGCCUGCUUCGCAGCCUGGGCAUCGCUCCACUCCCACUACAGCGUGGCCCGCAGCCUAUCAGGCCCACUGUGCUGUUUGAGAAGCUUGGAGUCGGCCGCUUGGAGCUCUUUGUGCUGCACCCGCUGGCUGCAGACCCUGCCGCGCCUGCCUGCGCACUGCUCAUAUGGCAGCCUGCAGCGCCGGGAGACAAGGUGGUGCGUGUGCUCUUCCCAGGCCUCACUCCACCAGCUCGCCUGCUUGACGGCCUGCAGCGCCUGCAGCAUCUGCCCUGCCUGCGCCGGCCCGUGGUCACUGCCCGUGAUCUGGACGUUCCCACCAGGGCAGACAGCCAAGAGAGCCUGGCCUCGAGGGAUGCCCGCAGGGAGCCAGCCAGGAGCAGCGCCACCAGGCGGGACACCACCACCACCCGCAGGGAGCCUGCACCGCUCACCCAGGACAGCAAGAAGGAUGCUAAACCUGGGCCCCCGCGUCCUGGAGCCCGGGAUACCCGCCGCCCAGGGUCCAGUGUUGCCAGUGUGAGCCGGCCCACUGCAGCCAUGGCCACCACCACCACCAAGCCUCGCACAGUGCAGAAUGGGCCUCGCAUCGCAGGUCCCCUUGAAAAACCCACAACUCGUGUCCCUGAUCCCCCAGUGGCAGCCACAGGGAGCAUCGCACAGCUGGUGGAGACACCUCAGCCACCGGCCACGCUGACACCUGUAACAAUGGAGCCGGCACCCUCUCCCACACCUGUGGGGCCCCAUCACAGCCCCGAGCCUGGUGAUCGCCUGUCACUUAGCCCACUCCGCCCUGAACCCGCGCCUGAUGCAUCACCCACUGCCACGACGCCCACACUCACCACGCCCUCGCUGCCUGCAGAGCUGGGCUCCCCACAUUCCACCGAGGUGGAUGAGUCGCUCUCUGUGUCCUUUGAGCAGGUGCUGCCACCAGGUGACCCGGGGCUCAGCCUCCCCCUGCGCCGUGCCCGCCGUUCUGCAUCCCCGCACGAUGUGGAUCUGUGUCUUGUGUCACCCUGUGAGUUCGAGCACCGCAAGCCACCCGUGCCUGUGUCCCCAGGCAGCUCUGACAGCAGCGCCCGCUCACAGGAGCGGCCUGCAGAGACGCCACCCACGUCUGUAAGCGAGUCGCUGCCCACUUUAUCUGACUCUGACCCGGUACCCGCUGCGGACUCUGAAGAUGACUGUGAGUGUGCAGCCCGGGACCCGCUGCCUGCGCCCCCAGUGCCGCAGCCGCUGCCCAGCGCACCUGGCAUCUGCAUGGUGGACCCCGAGGCACUACCAGCCCAGGAUGCCCGGCGUGCAAACCUGUCGAAUCCUAGCCGGGGCCGCAGGGUCCCCACACGCCCCAGCUCCACCACUGUGGCCCCCAAAGCCACGCCUGCUACCAAGACCAAGGGCCCUGCUGGGGACCGGGCUGCCAGGCCGCUCAGUGCCCGCAGUGAGCCUGGGGACAGGGCACGUGGACCCCUCACCAGGAAGCCCUCGGUGCCCAAGACAGGCCCUUCCACUAGGAGCUUGGGGCCCAACAGCCGCCCUGCGCCAACUGCUGCUGUCUCUCCUGUCUACCUGGACCUCGCCUAUUUGCCUGGUGGUGGUGCAGGUCACCUGGACCAGGACUUCUUCCUGCGGGUGCGUGCCCUCUGCUACGUCAUCAGCGGGCAGGGCCAGCGUCAGGAGGAGGGCUUGCGUGCUGUGCUGGAUGCGCUGCUAGCCAGCAAGCAGAAGUGGGAGCUGGACCUGCAGGUCACGCUGAUCCCCACCUUUGACUCAGUAGUGAUGCACAACUGGUACGAAGAGACGCAUGGACAGCACCAGGCCCUGGGCAUCACGGUGCUGGGCAGCAACAGCAUGGUUUCCAUGCAAGACGAGGCCUUCCCUGCCUGCAAGGUGGAGUUCUAGCCCCACCGCUCAGCACAACCUCUCCUCUGCUGUUGGCGCUUGGACCCAGCCUUGAGGACCAUUCUCCCUGAGACCCUCUGCCAGGCUGGCUCUGCCUCCACAUCACCAGCGCCACAGGCUUAGGAGGCAACAGCUUCCCCACAGAUGCAGGGGACAGUGGAUCAGCCUGUGCCCUGAGCAGAAAAUGAGACUAUAUUGAUGGUGUAGCCCAGAGGGAGUGUACCCCUGGCUUGUGUGACACCCCAGCUUCCACCCCCAGCACUGCAGAAAGUAAGUUCUGUAGUUACUCAAUCCUCAGCACACACGGAACAGCAUGCAGGCAUGAGGCCAGUCCUACUACCCAGCACAGCUCACAAACAUGCACAGGCGGGGAUACCAGCCUAUCAUCUUAGCACUUUGACCAUAGACACACAGAAACGGGCACUAGUCUGUCACUGUAACACUUGGACACACAGGCAAGGGAUUGCUGUAGGUUGUAGGCCAAUCUGGGCUACAUAGUGUUUGUCUCAAAAACCUACUAAAAAUAAAAUAGAUGGAUGAGAUUUCAA